AUGACAUAUAUUGGGGCUUCAGUGUACCUUGAAUGCAUUGAAUAUGGAGGUAAUUCUCCUGGGCAACCUUGUGUAUUCCCCUUUAAGUACAAAGGCUGUAUGGUUUACUCUUGCAUCAAUAAAGAUGAUGAAAGUGGAAGAUUCUGGUGUGCAACAACCAGUAAUUAUGAUAAACAUAAGCUAUGGAACUACUGUGCUGAUACCAACCAUCGUCAUUGUGUCUUCCCAUUUAUUUACCGUGGGAAAUCCUAUUAUACUUGCACUGAAGUUGAUAGCCAGAACCAUCCAUGGUGUGCAACAACUGGAAACUAUGAUACAUCUCCACAAUGGAAAUAUUGUGCCAAAACAGACACUCCAGCCUGCGUGUUCCCCUUUAUCUACCGUGGGAAAUCCUAUUAUACUUGCACUGAAGUAGAUAGCCAGAACCAUCCAUGGUGUGCCACAACUGCAAACUAUGAUACAUCUCCUCAAGGGAAAUAUUGUGCCAAAACAGACACUCCAGCCUGCGUGUUCCCCUUUAUUUACCGUGGGAAAUCCUAUUAUACUUGCACUGAAGUAGAUAGCCAGAACCAUCCAUGGUGUGCCACAACUGCAAACUAUGAUACAUCUCCUCAAGGGAAAUAUUGUGCCAAAACAGACACACCUGCCUGUGUGUUCCCAUUUAUUUGUGGGAAAUCCUAUUAUACUUGCACUGAAGUUGAUAGCCAGAACCAUCCAUGGUGUGCCACAACUGCAAACUAUGAUACAUCUCCUCAAUGGAAAUAUUGUGCCAAAACAGACACACCUGCCUGUGUGUUCCCAUUUAUUUGUGGGAAAUCCUAUUAUACUUGCACUGAAGUUGAUAGCCAGAACCAUCCAUGGUGUGCCACAACUGCAAACUAUGAUACAUCUCCUCAAGGGAAAUAUUGUGCCAAAACAGACACACCUGCCUGUGUGUUCCCAUUUAUUUGUGGGAAAUCCUAUUAUACUUGCACUGAAGUUGAUAGCCAGAACCAUCCAUGGUGUGCCACAACUGCAAACUAUGAUACAUCUCCUCAAUGGAAAUAUUGUGCCAAAACAGAUACUCCUGCCUGCGUGUUCCCAUUUAUUUACCGUGGGAAAUCCUAUUAUACUUGCACUGAGGUAGAUAGCCAGAACCAUCCAUGGUGUGCCACAACUGCAAACUAUGAUACAUCUCCUCAAUGGAAAUAUUGUGCCAAAACAGACACUCCUGCCUGUGUGUUCCCAUUUAUUUACCGUGGGAAAUCCUAUUAUACUUGCACUGAAGUUGAUAGCCAGAACCAUCCAUGGUGUGCCACAACUGCAAACUAUGAUACAUCUCCUCAAUGGAAAUAUUUUGCCAAAACAGACACUCCUGCCUGCGUGUUCCCAUUUAUUUACCGUGGGAAAUCCUAUUAUAAUUGCACUGAAGUUGAUAGCCAGAACCAUCCAUGGUGUGCCACAACUGCAAACUAUGAUAAAUCUCCUCAGUGGAAAUAUUGUUCCAAAACAGACACUCCUCCCUGCGUGUUCCUAUUUAUUUAUUGUGGAAAAUCCUAUUAUAAUUGCACUGAAGUUGAUAGCCAGAACCAUCCAUGGUGUGCCACAACUGCAAACUAUGAUAAAUCUCCUCAGUGGAAAUAUUGUUCCAAAACAGACACUCCUCCCUGCGUGUUCCUAUUUAUUUAUUGUGGAAAAUCCUAUUAUAAUUGCUCUGAAGUUGCAAGCACGAACCACCCCUGGUAUGCCACAACUGAAAACUAUGAUAAAUCUUCUCAAUGAAAAUUUUGUUCCACUAUAGAUUACCAAAAUCAAGGAAAUUUGGGAUGA